GUCGACCUUCUCUCACGUCAGAAUGCUGCAGCGGGGAAGCCACCGGUUGGUCCCAGUCCUCGAGGGACACCCCGGGAUUCGCUAAGUGCCGAUCUACGUGAUAAGGGGCCUAAGGAGAAAUCGAUUGAUGCUGCUACUGAAACUGAGAUAUCGCAGUCCCAAGCCGAGCUUUGUCAAACUGAGGAACCGGACGUUGUUAGUAGGAAGACGCAGACGGACGUAUUACCGGAGCCUGAGGUCAAGCAUAACGAUGAGGAGUAUGCAGAACUUGAGAAGCGACUAGAGGAAGCUCAGCAAGAUGCUAUAGGGCUUCAACGGAAGGCUGAGUAA